AUACUCGAUUUGAGCAAGCAGACGGAAACGUAGAGGAAGGUAAACACAGGAGCAAGUGAGCGAGCCGUGUGACCAGAGGGGUUCGGGUAUCUCGAAGGGGUCGGUCCCGUCGACAGAACUGAAAAUGGACACUGUGUUCGCGCCUCGGGUUCGCUGCUACCUCAAGAAUCUUCUAGAACAUACGAUGCAAAAUCUGACGACACCUCACCCGAUCCGCCUGGUCAGCGCUAGCCACGGGGGUCCAAAGGAUGGAACCAAGCAGCUAUGCGACAGGUUCAAGAUAUCCCUGCCCUACGCCGGUCAGACUGUGACAUGGGAAGUAAUUUUUCAAGCACACAAGCCAGAUCUUCCGCCAGAUUUUAUCUUCGACGAUACAUCAUUCCUGCCAAACAUAGAGGAAGUGCCCAGCCUCUGCAACUGGGAUUCCGACGACGACGAAGCACUGACAAAUGUAAUCCAGGAGUUGCUGGAGCAGUACCGCAAGCACCAGGUGUCAAUGCUCGACGAUUCACCGAGGCUGCAGUUCGAGUACUCCUCUCUAGUCCACCAGUCAGACAUUGCCGAGUCAAACAUACAGGUGCACCUCAACAAAAAGAAUCCUGGGAGUCCAGUAAGGUUCUGGAUCACGUUGCCCAUCGACUUCUCCAAACUCCCUCCCGUGUUCGCAAAGGAGAACCUCUCCGAAGACAUGGCCGUCCUGCAAGUCACAUUUCAAAGUCCGGAGGGGAGCCGCAUAUUGCCACAGCUAUUUCUGUCUCCGCGUGUUGAGGCACUUGGUGGCUCGCUGGCGGUGAAACUUCCUGCGUUCAACAAGGACAGCUGCCUCAUGGAUUAUGUGCCACAGGUCAAGGAGCUGCUUGAAAAGAAGGUUGAACAGGUGUCAACAUCAUUUGCCAAGCGUAAGGAGUACGUGGCAGCUUUCCUCAACCUCUUCGGCAGGAACCUUUUGGAGUUUGACGCAGAGGGAUUUGCAAGUCUGUCAUUUCUCUUCGAGCAUGAUGACUUCUUUUUCAUCCUGAUCAUUGCCAUCCCCCGGACUUUCCCGCAAGACAAGCCAUCCCUGACGUUUCAAUCGGCAUACCACACCAGUUGCGGAUGGCCCUACAGCAUUACCUGCACGGACUACCCGUACAGUCCAAGGUGGGAGGCAUCCGAGAUGGCUGAUCGAGCAAGGACCUUCGUGAUGGAGUAUGUCCCGAGCUUCCAGACCAGCUCCGUGAAGAACCGCUGAAGUGUCCCACUGCUCCUGUGUUUGGAAAAAAACACCUGGUCUUUUAAUUUUUGUACAUACAAGUAAAUACUUCCUUUUUUUUUUCACGUA